CUUUUGCAACUCACACUAGCACUCCUCAGACCCUUCACUGCCUCCACUGCAAUGGACGAGUACAAGCCCGAGAAAAUCAACAUUCUUCAGUCACCGCCCUUGGACGUGACGGCCCCGUACGAUGCCGCCUGGGUCAAGGACAAAGUCAUUCUCGUCACCGGCGGAGCGAGUGGAUUUGGCGCCGGCUUCGUCAAGCACUGGGUAACCAAUGGAGCUACCGUCAUUGUGGGCGACAUCAACGUGCAAAAAGGAGAUGCCGUCUGCCGCAGCAUCAACUCCGAGGUCAGCGGGAACGGCAAAGCCCACUUUGUACAUUGCGAUGUGACAGACUGGCAGUCGCAAGUCAACCUGUUCAAAGAGGCCGUCAGGCUGAGUCCCCACGGCGGGCUGGACUGUGUCGUCGCCAACGCGGGCAUUGCUGGCCCUGACAUUCUCCAGGAGGGUGCUAACCUCGAUGCGGCUGCCCCGCCCCCGCCUAACUUCAAGAUCAUGGACGUGAACAUAACCGGUGUGCUAUACACGACCCACCUGGCUUGCUUUUGGCUACCCAAGAACCCCGGCUCGAAGCCCUGCAGUAUCGACGCGGCACCCUCAGCUUCUCCGCGCGACCGCCAUCUGUUGCUGCUUGGCUCCGUCGCAUCUCUUGCGCCGAUUGCCAUUCAGCCGCAGUACUGCGCCGCAAAGCAUGCUGUGCUAGGCUUGUUCAGGACUCUCAGGGUGAGCAGUGGUGUGCAAGGCAUCCGCGUCAAUCUUCUCUGCCCGUACUUUAUCGACACACCCAUUGUGACCCCAGCGGCGCGCGUCCUCCUGGCAGGAGGGUCUGUAGGAAAGGUCGAGGAUGUAGUGGACGCAGGCACACGCUUUGUAGCCGACUCGCGCAUCCUGGGACGAGCACUUGUCGUAGGGCCAAAGGUGCAUGUCCGUCAGAAGGCAACUGGAGAAUGGGAGAUUGACGCAUCGCCCACUCCUGGUAGCAAGGAGACACGUGUUUAUGAGCCAUAUGCCGACGACUGGUUGGAUCAAGACCAGUGGAAUCGCUCGCUUGUCAAGGUUUUGAAUAUAAUCCAGGCUAGCAGAGGUUGGGCGGGAUGGGCAACGGACAUGGUCAAGGCCGCCCUGUACACCGUGGGCCUCAAACGCUGAUGAUAGGAUGGGAAUCUGUAAACUUUUGCGACGAUAAUAAUGCGAGCUUGUAUUUAGCGUUGAGGGCGAUGCCUGGGAAAAUCAC